AUGGGACGCCCGUAUCCGCCCCGGGACCCGCCCCUUCCGCCCGGGCGGGCGUGCGCGCGACUGACUGACGGGCGCUGGGCGGGCGCGCGGGCGCGCGCGCGGUUGACUGACGGGCGCCGAGAGGGCGGGCGGGUGCGAAGCCGAGGGGCGCCGAGCGGGCGGCGACGGCGGGCGGCCUCCGCCCCGGCCGGCCCCGCUCCCUUUGGGAACCCGCCCCCGGGCCCCGCGGCGUGCGGAAGGCGCCCUGUUCCCUCCCCGCCCCCGCCACACGACCCGAGAGAACCUUCCAGAGCCUUCCAGAACCUUCACGUUCCUGAGGCGCCACGUGCUGCCGCGGUGCCCCUGACGGCGCCGCCCAGCGCAGCCCGGGACGCAGUAAAACCCCAUAACUGCCCCAGAGCGACUAAAGGUGAAGAAAGUGCGAUUUCCGAAAGCACAACGAGAGCAGCAGGAGGAGGAGGGUCGUGCCUGCACCCGCUGUGCCGUGGGCGCGGCCGCCGCGGGCUGUCGGCGGACGUCCACCCCGUCCGUCCUUUGGGGUCCGCCAUCCGGGUUAGGACGUUGGAUGCCCGCGCGGCCACUCCGCCAGCUGCCGGGUCCCUGCUUGUCACCACCGCUCCCCGGCUCACGUCCUCUCUUCUGGUCCCACUGGACGUGUUUCCGUGCACACUCCCUCUCUUUCUUGGUUGUGAGAAAACCCUGAGCUCGGACAUGGCCCCAGCAGCACCACACAUCCGAAGGGAAGGGAGCGAGGGAAACACCAGAAAAAGUCGCGAAAGGAAACCUCUGGGGACACGGUGCGGUUUGCUCCUCCCCAGGUCGUAGAUGAGCUGGUUCCCUAGUGUCUCAGGAUGAAGGCAAGGGCUUCCUGGGGAGGGGGCGUCCUGCGACCAGCGCGGACGGGGUGCUGGCGU